AGAUGGAAGCGAUUGCAUACAACAACCAGGCAGUCGGUUUCAACAACGUGCUAGAAACGGUAGGACCUAUGAUUUCAAUCGCGUCGGGUUCAACCCCACAGAAAUGCCAGAUGGACAUUUCUGGUACCUAUCCAUGGACUUUGUCACCACGCUAAGUUCUACGACCGAGGUUAUGAUGUCGGCGCAACAGAUAACGUCGACAAUUUUCUCACCGUGCUUCCCACUGUUUGGAGAAAUCUUUGAGCUACAGGAUAAAACCAUCACAGCUGCAUUAUUUAGUUAGUUGUUUUUGCAUAUUACUCCGUACAACUCAGAGUCUCAUUGUGAUUUCAUAUUUGCAGAUGUGGUUGCUAUCCUUGCCUAUGUUGGUCAUAUAGAAUUUAAGUGGGAUACGAUAUAUAGGCGCCGCGUCCCUUCCCUCGAGAUUGGCCUCAUGAACUUCCAACGGCAGAUAAUUUUCUUACGUGUACGUGAGGAGCACGUUGGACCUCAGUUCUGGCGUUUGCAAUGCACUGACAAUCUGUUCGAGAAGUUUGUUGUAACUUACAUACAGGUAAAUCAGAGGCAGCGUUGCUUGCAAACUAUGAGGGAGAGCACAUUCUUCUUCUCUCCCAACAUUAAUUAUGAUCAUCAUUAUCUACAAGAUAUCCAUGAAGCUAGCCUGACUACACUUGAUGAAACACGUGCGUACGCGAAUCAUGUUGUUCAAGGAAGGAACAAUGGACGUCAGAAGUAUCACAGAAGAAAUUAGAGCAUCCUCGUGAGAUCCCAACACAUGCAUGAUCCUGGGAUAACAACGCGCGCAUCCAUGUCUAGAACGAUGCAUGCUUGCCCCCAUCCGCCCGAGUUCUCUGGUCCAUGUUCUCCCUCUCUUAUCCCCCCUCCAUUUAUGCCUUAUCGAUCCUAACACGAUCGUGCACACAUGGCGCGCAUGUAAGGAUUCUGUUCCAGUUGGAAUAUAUAUCAAACAAUAUUUGCUUCAUUUUUUCCUUUACGACUUCUAUUUUUCUCAAGGCUAUGAGCAUUAUAAACUCUUACUUGAUCUUU